GUGGCCCGUAAAUCAGUCCGAGGCUGCCACAAAACACCAUGCCGCCCACCGCGCGCACCCCGCUCGCCCGCCCGCAGCGACCACAGCGAUGCUGCCCGCGAAAAUUCACGCGCUGCGUAGUAAUAACCGCGGUGUUUGCCGCCAUCUCCCUGCUCUUGGCCUGGGAAGUCAAAUCGGGCGGCGCCUGGGCGCGGCCGUCGACGUGGCGCGACUACACGUCGUCGCACCACAACGCGCGGCUGCGUAGCCUCGAGACGUGGCGCGCGAACGCGACGGCCGAGAUCGCCGCGCUGAAGCGGCGCGACGCCGAGCUCUCGGACCGGAUAAAAGCGCUCGAGGGCGGCGGCGGCGGCGGCGCGUCGUCCUCGAAGAGCCUCGAGGAGCGCCUCGCCAAGGACGAAGCCCAAGAGCAGGCGGACGUCAAGACGCUGCGCAAGGAGACGGACGCGGCCCAGGCCAAAAGCCAGGCCUACACCGACCACCGCGUCGAGGAGUCCGACGCGAAGACGAAGGAACGCGUCGAUGGCGUCGAGGCGGCGCUCGGUCCGCACGGCUGCGUCGCUUAUUGUUCCGAGGCGCCUUCACCCGUUCCUCGAGUAUCGGACCCCCAACCACGAAACCACACAGGCGCGUACCAGGAGGAGGCCGGCAUCGCAAUGGAUAGGGAACGCGACCUCGUCUACCACUGGAUCGCCGGCACGUUCGCUUUAUUAUGCUGCGUGAUCGCGCUGGGGGGCAUCGUCGCGCACGCGCGCGCGCUCGCGCGGCCCGAGGUCCAGCGCAAGAUCCUCGCCUUAUUGUGGAUGCCGCCGAUCUAUGCGUUGUGUUGCUGGUGUUCGCUGCUCUUCCCGCCGUACGCGCCGUUGUUGGCGGUAGGCCGCGACGCGUACGAGGCGUACGCGAUCUGGGUGUUUGUUCGAGGCCGGCGUCCCAUUUUUUUGUAUCGGCGAUCCUUGCGUCGAUGGCGUCAAUGGCCCCGCCGCGCCGCCGCCGCCGGCUCAACGCGCGCAAAACGCAGGUCGCCUUCCUGAUCGCGGUGCUCGGCACGACGUCCAACAGCGACGGCGACACGUCGGCCGCGACGAAGUACGCCGUCGUCGUCGCCAAACUAGAAACGGACGACGCGGCGGGCGAGCACGCGCUGCCGCGCGCCUUCUGCCCGCCCUGCGGCCGCAAGCCGCCUGCCAAGGUGUUCGUGCGGCAGUGCAUGCUCGCGGUGAUGCAGUUCGUUUUGUUGAAGCCGCUGCUGGGCGUGGCGGACUACGCGCUUGGUGUGGCGGCGGACGACGCCAUUGAACGGCACGACUCCAUCAAGUGGGCCGAGCGCGCGAGGUUAGGGAUCUUGGUGCUGCAGAACGUCUCCGUCUCGAUCGCACUGGGCGCGUUACUCAAGGUGUACCACGCGACGGCGUACCGACUACGCGAGCACAACCCCUGGCCCAAGUUCGUCUGCGUCAAGGGCGUGGUGUUUCUGACCUUCUGGCAGGGGACCGUGAUCUGGGCGCUGACGGGCUCGGGCGACACGAAAAAAAUGUUCGCCACGAAGGACGUCGCAGACGCGGUGCAGAACUUCCUGGUCUGCGUCGAGAUGUUCGUGGCCGCCGUCGUGCACUCGUACACGUUCGGCCCCGAGGAGUGGCAGCCGGGCUACGCCGCGGGGCCCGGUCUGGCCGUGAGCGACAACUUCGCGGCCGGCGACUUUUUCAGCGACGUGAAGUACGCCUUCCAGCGGCAGCGCGCGCGGUCCGCGUCGGAUCCGGCCGCGCCGCCGGCGCUCUCGCCCGGGCGUGACGGCGACGGCGACCCGCCCGCCGUCGCGGCAGGCGAUGACGGCGACGACGACGCGGCGGCGUGGACGCGCGGCGGCGACGGCGACGACGACGCGGUGCCUUGA